GUUAGCUUCAGGAAAUCACUUGGUGGAAAAAGCUUUCCUUUCUGUAAUCAAACCGCCCCAGCACAGAGUCAAACACACACUGAAGCGACAUCAAACUAUAGCAAAUGGACUCCUGGACUUUGAUACUGAAUCUGCGGUCUGUCCGUCGAUAGCACGGCCGGGUGUCGAGGCACCGGGCCGGGCCGGAACCAGAACCAGGCCCGGACGGACGGACACAUCCAGCGCUGCGACACCGGCGGGCAGCUGCGAGAGUGUGCAGGAACUGGCAUGCUCUCUGUAGGGGAAGUGCAGUGAGUUUUACCGUGACUUGCUGUCAGUAGCUGGACGGCAAGUUCUCCGGUACUUGAGGUUUAUCAGAUCGGAUGUAGAGGCUCGAGGCUGGAGCAUGGACCAGCGUGAAUUUAGCCAGAAGCGAGCUAACGCUAGCUAACACCGGAGUUAACGGACGUCAACUUUUGCUUGUUAAUUAGCGAGGCAGCGAGAGAAAAACAACGAGUAUGAGCGCCUCACUUUGGUUUAUGUGAAUGAAUAGGGGUUAUUUGAUAUCGCCUAACAUAUGUCAGUUCGCUCGUUAGCUAUUUUGUAGGCCUGAUAAAUGUUUCUGGAGCGAGUAUAGCGGUGUAGCUCAGUCGUUAGCUGCUAAGUUAGCCUGCCGCCCCGAUGAAAGAGUACAAAGUGGUCGUGCUGGGCAGCGGCGGCGUCGGCAAGUCCGCGCUCACCGUCCAGUUUGUCACCGGAACCUUCAUCGAGAAAUACGACCCGACCAUCGAGGACUUUUACCGAAAGGAGAUCGAGGUGGACUCGUCUCCCUCCGUGCUGGAGAUCCUGGACACGGCGGGGACGGAGCAGUUCGCCUCCAUGAGAGACCUGUACAUCAAGAACGGGCAGGGGUUCAUACUGGUCUACAGCCUGGUCAACCAGCAGUCAUUCCAGGAUAUCAGACCAAUGCGAGACCAAAUAGUGCGAGUGAAGCGCUUCGAGAAGGUGCCGUUGAUCCUGGUCGGUAACAAAGUGGACCUGGAAUCGGAGCGCGAGGUGGCCGGCUCAGACGGGAGAGCUCUGGCUCAAGAGUGGGGCUGUCCUUUUAUCGAAACUUCUGCCAAGAGCAAGACCAUGGUGGACGAGCUGUUCGCAGAGAUCGUCCGACAGAUGAAUUAUUCCACGCUGCCGGAGAAGCAGGAACAGUGCUGCACAGCCUGUGUGGUACAGUGAGGAAAGAGAUAUGCAUCAUUUGUGUGGAUCACCACAAGGAUUUUUGAUGAACCAUGACCCCGGGGACAAGCUGACAAAAACUUACCGCAGCUGGUAAAGUUUCUGUUCAAUGUGGUUUCUGACUGUCUCACAGAGCAUCUGACAGGAAAGAUGUCGGUCCUAUUUUUGAUAUCAUAACUGUUAGAAGACGUUUCUGCUGCAACCUUAACGGCCUUUGCGAUGAUGGCCCAGGACGGAGUCAGACAGACGGACUUGUAAUGAGCGAGAACGGCCAUCUGUGAAUUUCUUUUUUUUUUUUCUCUCUCUCUCUCUCCUUUUAGUCGGAAGUAUCCCUGAAAUAAUAAGCAGGAGUGUUUGUGAGGUUGCAGCUUCUUUUUAAAGCUGCUUUAAUCACUAUUAUAUACUUUAUUAUUACUUGUAUUAUGUCUCAAGUUUGGAAUUUGACAAAGUAUUUCUUAAUAUUGAAGCAUUUUGACUUUUAAGCAUGCAGACUUCGACCAGUUUGCUGCCCAGGUAUGCUGCUCGCUUUAUUUUGAAAAUCGUGUUAAAAUAGUUCUAACUGACAGAAACUGCAGCAGCGAGUUUUUUAGCUUCGGGAAACUUAGACAUGAUGUCCGAUUUUGUGGAUUAAACCUGUAACAUCAAGAAUUUACCUUUUUAUGAUCGCAGUAGCCUGAAGCAGCUAAACUCAUCUGAAAACAUGCAUGCUCAAAAUUGAAAAUGUUCGACUAAAUCAACUUGGAGUGAUAAGGAAGAGCCAUUUUACUGUUUUUAGCCUGAAUUCUGUCAAAGUCUCUACAAGACAUGAACCGCGUGGACGCAGGUCUUCCAUUUUCAGUUUUCUCGUGGAGUCUCUGUGGGGGAAUGAUUUUGGAACGACCAAAGGAAGCUCACAGUUGCAUAUUUGUGUAUGACUACAUGACGUGUGUUGCUUUAAAAAUUCAGGAGACGCUGAAUUCUUGUCAUCGAAUAACUCCCGCUGCAAUGUGGUUUGAUAAAAGUUCUGGCACAGUUAAUCCGAUUUAACUUUGUAUUUUUUCUUUUUCUUAUAGUAACCUAUUUAUUAAAGACUAACGACAUUGGGUAGCCAGUUUUAAACUUUAAUUUUAUACUAGUUUAUGCUUUUUGUGACAUUUCAGGAUACAUGGUACAUUGUUUUGUUUCUGGAGCUGAGGAUUUAACAGAGCCUUAAAUAAUUUCUGUUGCACCCUGGUCUCAUGUUUCUUUUUAUUUUCUUCUCAAAGUUAUGAAAAAGCUGUCGUCAUUUGGUAAUAAACAUGCUGGCCUUUCUGCUUUUUGUCA